GUAGACAACAAAUUUUCUAUGGAAAAGAUUAUAAAUUAUAUUGAUGUGUUUGAAGAAAAGUAUAAAAAAUUCGUUAAAUACAAGUAUUUCGAUACACCAGAUGGGCAAGAUGUUUGCAAAAAGAUGUAUUAUACAUCAGCAACUACAACUCAAGCUGGUAUUCUCUUUUCCUGCUAUCAAGUAUUGUUGAAAGAAUUAACUCCAACUUGGCAACACGGAGUAGUUAGAGCAGCCAGUUUAACCUGGCCUUUUACUGUUGCAGGUUUACUAUAUUCUGGCACAACCUUUAUGUCCUGUAGAUUAAGAAAUAAGGAUGAUGAGUUAAAUCACUUUUUUGGUGGGCUCUCUGUUGGAUUAGCCAUAUACUAUAGAUAUAAGAGACCUUCAUAUGCUUGGGGCUACGGCUUAUUUUUAGGCGUCGUUGGUCUGGUGUUCAAAUCUCUGAAAAAAACGGAUAUGGGCAAUUCUAGUUGGAGUCAAGCCCUCAUUAGUUCGUGCGAAAGUCGGUGCAUAACAUACGAUGACAAGAUAGUAGAUUGGAGAUUGGCCUAUAAACCAACCAAAACUGCCACCAUGUUUUCUGGGCCGGGUCAAAGGCCUACCCCACCUUUACUUUAUUCCGAAACGCCCAAACUCAAAUAAAUUUUACGAUUUUAUUUAUAUAUUAUAUAUAUCUAUUUAUUUUUUAUUUUGUUGCUCUCUAUAUAAUUUAAUUAAUUUAUUAUAUUGAUUAUGCGUGUAAAAAAUAAAUACCAAUUUUAAACAA